ACGAAGAAGUUAGACGAAGCAUCAUGUCAGACGAAUACGGACAGAAUGGCGGUCCUGGAGCAGGUCAUGACAAUGCCUACACAGGUGGAAGAACACCCUCGCCUCGCCGAGACCGCUCUCGCUCGCCCGCUCGGGCUGCCUAUCGUCCCAUGCCCGCCCAGGCUGGUGGCGGCGAGAAUCCAGGCAACAACCUUCACGUCUCUGGCCUCAGCAAUCGCACAGAGGACCGUGACCUUGAGGAUUGCUUCGCCAAGUUCGGCAGAGUUCAGAAGUCGGCCAUCAUGCGUGAUCCGCACACCAAGGAAUCCCGUGGCUUUGCUUUCGUCACCAUGGAGUCUGCCGACGAGGCUGCUGCUGCCAUCGACGGCAUGAACGCCACCGAGCUCCACGGCCGCAUGAUCUCCGUUGCACUCGCCCGUCGUGGCCGUGCACGUACCCCCACGCCUGGCGCCUAUCAUGGACCUCCCAAGCGUGAUGUAAGCGUCCAAGGCGGUUACGGCGACCCCUACUACGGUGGUGGUGGCUAUCAUGACCGGAUAUUAAUGGCGCUCCUCCUCCCGCAAGGUACGAUGACCGACGCGGCUACGAUGACCGCCGAGGCUACGACGACCGUCGUGGCUACGAUGACCGUCGUGGCUACCGCGAUGAUGCGCGCUCGUACGCUGCACCCAUGCGCGAUGACCGCUAUGAUCGUCGCGACGACCGCCGCGCACCAGCGCCCUAUGACGACCGCCGCCGCUACGAUGAGCGUGCUGCUCCUCGCUACUAGGCGCAUCGUCGAUGCGAAAGUAUGUGAUACCCACACUAUCGAGGUGACUGGCCAGGUUUACAACAAGAGCGAGCAGCGCAGUAUCGAGCAGAUCAGAGCGAGAAAUGAAAAAGACUCGGAGAUCAAUCUAUGUGACUACUACUACUACUUUACUUCUCUACCACGCUACCGCGCGCGUCCCGUUUUUACUGCUAUCCCAACGACUCUCCUAGUUCGGUCCGAAAAUGCGCUGCUGUUGAUCAGCCCGAAGCGGCCCACUGAUUCGUCGCGCACCUUUUUGCUGCAUCUCGUUGGAUUCGCCUCGAGCCUCAACUCAGGUACGAUGGACCGCAAUCUGCUUAGCAACUUCUGCUCGUCGCGGCAAUGCGUGAACGGCUUUGCAAACUCGAGCGAGUCGUCCAUCGCGUACAGUCUAGUCUGUCCCCGCCUCGCCGCGCUGCGCUGCACUGAUCAAUGA